AUGAAAGAAAUCACGAUAAUUAACAUCCUCCUCGGACUGAGCGUGGUUUGGAUCACAUACAACUCUCUACUGUAUCUCCGCCGCCGCUACCGCAGCGCACGCGCCACCCCCCUCACCGGGCCCCCUAAUAUUAACCUAUUCUUUGGCUUGAGCAGAUACAUUGGAAAGUCUAAAGAUGCCGCAGCCAUAUAUGAGCAGUGGGCGGAGGAAUAUGGACCCGUCUACCAUGUUCCAGCCGCCAUGGGAUUUAGCCGUGUCGUUCUAUGCGACCCAAAGGCCGUCAGUCACUUCUACGCCAGAGAAACUUACGGCUUUGUCCAGACAGCUUUAACCAAGCAAACAAUCGAGAAUAUUGUGCGUGGUUUGCUGCAAAGGAAGGCAUUGUCUCCAGCAUUCAGCAAUGCUGCUAUCCGAAGACUUACAUCCGUAUUCUUUGACUCUGGAUAUAAGGUGAAAACUGCGUGGGACAAUAUCAUAGAAUCUCAAUCUGGUGAUUCGGCGAUUAUUGAUGUGCAGAAUUGGAUGAACCAUGUAUCCCUAGAUAGUGUCGGUAUCGCAGGCUUCUCUCACGACUUCGGCACCUUGCACGGAAAGCGCUCAACUGUUGCCGAGACGUUCGAGGCGUUCGGACAUGUCAAGCCCUCGCUCAUCAUCGCAUCCACUUUCAUCCUCGGACUCGCCUUCCCCGUGCUCGCCAAAGUGCCUACGCCAUUUUGGAUGCUCAUAAAGCGGUUGAAUGACAGCAUGGGAGAAAUCGCGCAAGAUAUGCUGGAGAAUACACGAAGAGAGAGUAAGGGUGAGAAUAAGACUGAGGAGAAGAGUAUCAUUGGGCUUUUGAUUAAGGCGGAGAACAGCGAUUCCGAUUUGAGCCUAUCACAAGAAGAGGUGAUGGCGCAGAUGAAGGUUCUUAUCAUCGCCGGCUAUGAAACAACAUCAAUCUGUCUAAGCUGGUGCCUGGUCGAGCUGUGCAAGAGGCCCGAUGUUCAGCAGAAGCUCCGCGAGGAGGUAUCUAAUUUCGCAGGCGGAGACCCCACCUGGGACCAGCUCACCUACAACAUGCCCUUUCUGGACGCUGUUGUCCAUGAAACGCUGCGUCUGCACCCUCCGGUGAGAGAGACUACCCGUGUCGCCGCUGAAGAUACCAUAUUCCCGCUUUCAACUCUUAUGACGACUCCAUCCGGCGAGAUCGUUGACCGCGUCGCCAUUACCAAGGGGCAGCUCGUCACCGUGCCCAUCCAAUGCAUGAACACUGCCAAGGCACUGUGGGGCCCCGACGCUAAGGAAUUCCGGCCCGAGCGCUGGCUCAACGAGGACGGCAUCCCAAUGCGCGCGCAGGAAAUUCAGGGACAUCGUCACCUGCUGACUUUCGUUGACGGCCCCCGGAUGUGUCUGGGGCGCGGGUUCGCGCUGGCUGAGUUCAAGGCGGUGCUGAGCGUUCUGAUAAGGAACUAUGCGUUUGACUUCAAGGACGGUCCGGAGACGAAGAUUGACCUCGUACGGGGCAUUCUCCCCCGGCCACGUAUUGAGGGGGAGGAGGGUACGAGACUCCCGUUGCGCGUGCGCCGACUAGAAUGAGUGUAGCAUUACGGUCAAUAGAAACGCUGGCUUCUCACAUUCUAAGGGUCAUUUGGAAUAUUUUCUAACACACAGCGCUCAAUUUAUUUUUCGAUGUCUAAUAUUCAUACAGAUGUUUAUGUACAUUGUAUAUCAGUCGGUUAUGCUGCCU